AUGUCAGCAGCUACCGUUGUCCGCGUUCCACCAAGGUUCUCCACGCACCAGGCCACAUACCUGCUUGAUCCGCUGCAAGGCCCGCCGCAGCGGCUCAACCCCGACGCCCCGACCCACGCAUCCGACGAGGCCAAGUACAUUGCGGUCAGUGUCUUGAUGCACAACGGCGGAGCCAAGCCCGGCAUGGUCUGGGCCUGGGCAGCAGUCACCGCAUCGCCGUCGCGUCCGGGAGCCAUGGCGAACCUCUCCCUGUCGCUGCCGCCAAACCGUCCUGGCGCGCGCGGAAAUUCGUCGCAGCUGCUGGGCAACGGUCUGGACGAUCCAACGCCGGAUGUUGCCAGGCGGCUGGCGACGCGGUUUAGGCGGCCGGUGUAUUUGGCGCUGGAGGGCGUGGCGGCAAGCAGGCUUAUCAGGGCGACGGAUAGCUUGGACAUGGCGAUGAGCCAGGAGAGCGAAGUCGCCGGCGUCGAAAUGUGCCUGGUGCGCGAGCUCAAGCAGGCAUUGGAGCAGUAG